CAAAAUUGCAAUCAAUGUUUAUGUGGGAUAUAAAUCUGUUUCUCCAGUGACGAAAUGUCUUAUGGUACUUAGCUGAAUAUAUGCGUCCAGAAAUCAAUAUUGUGUUAUUGUGACGUUGAUGACGUCAUGCCCACUAUGGCGGCUAAACAAAAGCGUGGAAGUUUGUGCAGACGAAAAUAACCACGGAAUAUCAGAAUUCAUCUACUCGAGAAGGCCGCAGGUUUCAUGCUGUGACAACCGUUUCAUGCUAUUCUGAAGUUUAUUGGAAAGAUGUGAGAGAGAAGUGUUGACGACAUUGAGGUUGCAGCCUGUCUGCUGGUUUGUUUACGAUUUGACUUCUGAUUUUAAGCAGGUGCGUGUUUCGUUGAUCAGCUGUUCAAGGCUGAGCGGUAUGGAAUCAGUGAAAGCCGACCCCGAGGUGAAGCAAGCGGCCGGUAUGGCAGAAUCGGGAGAUGCAUCCAGCAAAUGUUUCAAGGUGGCGUAUCUUGGGUCAUCUUGCAUGGACAGGCGCCAUACCCAGAGCGUCCAGCCAUGGGUUAUGGCCGAGAUUCGACGGCGAAAGGAGGGGGCGAGAGAGGUGACACUCGAGGUGUUGCCCCACUGUCUCAAAGCAACAAGUUGUGACGACAUGGGAACUGAUGCAUUGUUUGAACACAAACUGCAGGAGUUGACCAGAUUUGCUAAACUGCACCAGGAGCCAAGAUGUUUUGCCUAUCUCUCUCGUCAACAGCUGAAUAGUGAUGACUUCGAGUGCCAUGUCUUUAUGGCACAUGAACCGGACGCUGUCCCAGAAAUAUUUAACUCCAUACGAGAAGCUACAAAAGACUUAUCGAAAGAAGUGACUCACGAAAAGGUUGUCAACUUACCCUCCAACAUGGGAGAAGGGACAUUUGACCAAUCAAAAACAUUCUUUGAGGUCAUGUUCAUUGGCCGAACUCAGGUUGCAACAAGAAAAGUCCCAACGUCAUUCAUCGACGAACUUGUGGAAAGGUUUGACGCGAGAGGAGAUGAGCAGAAGCUCCGUGCUCAGGAGCAGGAACAAAGACAACGACAUGCAAGCGGAACGAGUGUUCGGAGUUUACCUGCGUCUCUUGAGGAUAUGGUUUGUGUUACGGAAAAUAACUUAUGUCGGCAACAGGAACGACUUCAACUCCAUUAUGACAGUGCCGAGAGCAGCACAGAUGAACUUGCAAGUGGUGAUACCUAUGGCAGUUCUUCUGAGAAUGUUCAUGGGAGUUCCAAUGGUUUGUCAAAUUCGUGUCAAGGACCUGACCUUAAGGUCGGUCAGAGUGCCGAUAGUGACGGAAGUAAGGAGCACUUGAAUGGCGAGGAAGAGCAUGAAGUGUUUGUUUCUCGAUCGUCAAACGUCUUAAAGAAUGAAGCUCCUAGAAAUGAGGCAAGUCGGGUGAUGCUGCUGCAGAUCGGCAGGAAGGAUCUCACGCUCAUCAGCCCAGACAAGAAGCAGCCAGUUCUCGAGAGGAAGUUCAAGGACAUUUCAUUUGUGUCUCAGGGAAGUAGCAAGCAGGAUGUAUUUGGUAUCAUUGCUCGGGAGCCCAAGUUGACGUCUGCUCCAAGUCGAGAUCAAAACAAGGCCGAGCUGACACAUGUCUUCAACUGCUAUAUUCUCCGAUGCUACAGUGAAGCAGUGGUAUCAGAAAUCAUGUGCGCCCUACAGACGGCGUUUGCAACUGCCCACAAAGACAGCAUCGCGUCAAAGACGUGUAGCAGCAGCGGCCCUGCUCGUUCAGCAUCUCACAACCAGAUCUGUAUUCGAUGUCCUCUUCAUCAGCUGGAGAAACUCUGUCAGGAAAUUAAUGGUUUAAGUCCCCAUGCAGCCUAUGACCUUCUUGUGAAGAGAGUGCAGAACCUCACUGAGUGUGAAAUAGCAGCCAUUUCCAACACCCUCAAGGUGGAGAACCCCAAGGGAUAUGAUGAGAUGGUCGAGAUCCUCAUGAUUGAGUUGAGGAAGUUGUGUGAGAGGAAACAGAAGGAACAUGUGCACAUCUCAGAAGGAGCUAAGCAGUGCAAGAAUGACUUCAACAUCCUCGACGACAAGAGCGUGCUUGUGAAGUUGGAUACAUUCAAGAAUAAAGCAAAGAAAAGUCUGGCCAAUUCUUUUGAGAGUUUGUUGAGGGGUCGGAAACGUGAUGAUGCACGGGAAGCGUUCCGCCAUCGGAGUGGGACGAGUGACAGUGAGAGCAGCUGGACCAGAUCUAUGGACUCGUCAACCGCCUCUACCCCUGAUGCGUCACCACUCCCAUCGCCCAUCAGUAAAGAUGCCCCCCACCACUUCCCCAGCCCCCCUGCCUCCCCCGAGACGCCGCGGCGGCGAAGCUCAACAGUUGGUGCUAUCCCCGACCCCGCCAUCUCUGCCAGCAGACGAAACAUGGUCCAGAAGAGAAGGCGGGAUGUCAACCACAACUCACACUCCCAGAGUCGCCAGAACACCAGCAUCAGCCCAAUGAAGAACAUGUUUCUGUUAGCGGGAAGUCCAAGCCCUGGCUUUGCAGAAAGUACGUCUUCAUCACUUUCGACAACACUGCCCGAUGAGUUCACGCCGUAUCGGAAACGAAGUUCAUGGAGACAAGCUAUAUUCAACAGAGUUGUCACUCCUGUGCAGAUCCCAGAAUCUCCAUCCUUCUCUGAUGAGGCAGACAUUGACUUUGAACCUCCUCGUACACUGACACCGACUAAGAUCCGAUGUCUGUGGAAAAAAGCCAUCUUGGAAACGUUGCUACUCAUUCGAAUGGAGAAAGAAAACCAGUCUCUGAGAGCAAUCAGCAGCAACAAUAAAGGCUAUUUCAUACUGUAUGGCUCACGGUCAGUAGUGGUGUUCAAAGCUCGGCAGGAUGAGAUGGACCAGAAGAGACAGAAGUUGGACUACCAGGAAGUGACGCCAUGUUUGAAGGAUGUCACCAAAGUCUGGGAGGAGCUCCUCGCUGCAGAGAAUAGGACGUCGACCAAGAUAGCUCAAGACAAACUAUUGGGCUGUGUCAAGAAGGGCGUGCCACGGAGUCUUCGGGGGGAUAUCUGGAAACUGCUUGGUGAGCAGCAACAUCUCCACAACGCCAGCUGCCUCUUGCAACUUCCCCGCCACCACCUGGCCUACUGCAACCUCCUGAAGCAGCUCACCACUCAUCAGCACGCCAUCCUUAUAGACCUUGGUCGCACAUUCCCGAGUCAUCCCUACUUCGCCACCCAGCUGGGUCCGGGCCAACUAGAGCUGUUCAACAUCCUCAAGGCCUACAGUCUGAUGGACCAGGAUGUGGGUUACUGUCAGGGCCUCAGCUUCGUGGCUGGCAUCCUCAUCAUGCAUCUUGAAGAGUGCCAGGCCUUUGAGAUCCUGAAGUUCCUGAUGUUUGAGUUGGGCCUUCGACAGCAGUACCGACCCAACAUGAUGGCACUACAGAUCAAACUGUACCAGCUGACACGCCUGCUGCAUGACCACCACAAGGACCUGUACAACCACUUCGAGACCCAUGAGAUCGCCCCCACUCUGUACGCUGCCCCGUGGUUCCUCACGCUCUUCGCCUCACAGUUCCCCCUCGGCUUCGUGGCCAGGGUGUUUGAUAUGAUCUUCAUUCAGGGCACGGAUGCCCUGUUCAAGGUGGCGCUUGUGUUGCUAGGCAACCACCGUGAGCUGAUAAUGCAGUGUGACUCAUUUGAGAAUGUGGUUGAAUUCUUGAAGACAACCCUACCUGAAAUGGUGCAUGUACAGAUGGAGAGAGUCGUUAACCAGGCCUUUGAUCUGGACAUCACGGCUCAACUGCGAUCCUACGAGGUGGAGUAUCACGUGCUACGGGAGGAGAUGAUGUACUCCCCACAACGAGGCGAGUCUGACCUCGUCAUCAAACUAGAGGGCAUUAACCGUAACCUACGGCAACAGAACAUGGAGCUUCUGGAGAAGCUGCAGCAGGCUCACGGACAGACGCACAGCCUCGAGAUCACUGUUCACAACCACCAGGUCGGCGAGGCAAAACUCAAGUCACACAUUCGUACGCUGGAACUGGAGAGAGCUGCUCUGCUGAACGCAGUCACCAAACUGCGGCAACACGUUUCGGCCGAGGAAUAUGAAAAGUUGGAUCUCACCCUUCCGAUUUUUUCGCCUUCAUUGCCAAUAAGUCCAGUUCAUGGAUUCAUUAACCAUAGACUUCCUGUGUCCAAAUCAGCCAAUCAGCCCUUAGCUGAUGAGCAUAGUGGGAAAACUUCGCGGCACACAGACAGUACAAAACAGGACCAAAAACCAAGACAUGCGGGACUUACAAAGCACAGUUCUCAUUAGCGUGUAUUGUGGUGUGGUGGUUGGAUGGAGGUAGAUUUGGCUUGUCAAUUCAAUUCGUGAAUGUUAUUGUAACAUACUUUGAACUGAGCAGGCCUGAAAGUGUUGAUACUCCAUGUUAUUUCUCUGCUAUGUUCAUAGGUGUAUUGAUCUGAAGAUAUUAAGAUACUAUUUUUAUGGGGAAAUAAUAUACACCUGAAUCUCAUUACACAGUGCAAUAUCUUUGCUCAAGUCUUCGCUUGGGAGCUUAGAACAAUUUUUGAGUCCUAUGCCAGUUACGAAACACAUGCUCAAGAACAAAAUAUGUUAUUUUAUAGAAAUCUAUUGGUUCUACAAGUUAAGAAUGACUUUUACUUGACCGCGGUAGUGUUCACAUGUUACAGACUAAUACGAUCUGGAUCUCUCCGUCAGAGAUUAGCUCAGUAGCUAGUGCUGUGCCAUCAUAACAAGACUCAAGUUUGUUUCCAGAUUGGGUAUGGAAUACGAGCUCAUUGUUUAUGUCCCCUGUUGACAGCCUGCGUAAGGCCCUACUACUCACAAUCACAAGGAUAGCUUCCAUUCCAGAACCCAAAUCAAGACAGUUCAUCUCUAUGGAACUGGGCACACACUCCUGGUUGUCUGGUGCCUUUUGACCUUGACCACUUGGCAGUUGUGUUACUUUUGCAUUUACAAGCAGAUGUGAUCAGUUUGUGCUGAGAGAAGAUUCAAAGAACUAAGGAGAUCAGCUUCUGAUGAGUAUUUGAGCGUUGCCCGUUGAGCAUUUGAUUUCAAUUUUUUACCUUGGUGUUCAGUCUCAAACUGAUUGCAUUUUGAGGGCGACUAUGCUUGUCGUAUGAUGCGAAUAACAGGAUCAGGUGGUCAGGCUUGGUUGAUGCAUGUCACGUAUCCCAAUUGCGUGGAUCGAUGGUCAUGAUGUCAAUCACUGAAAUGUCUGGUCCAGACUCGAUUAUUUACAGACGUCAUAUAGCUGAAAUAUUGCUGAGUGCAGUGUUAAACAACAAACAGACAAACAAAGCAUUUUGGGUAAUCCAAGGAAGGUCAAGGUUCGUCAGUCAUAAACUGUGAUAGCCCAGUGGUUAAGGUGUUUGCUCUUCACACCAGGACUUAGGUUCAAUAUCCAAACGGGUUCAUUGUGUGAAAUACAACAGUAUUGCUAAAAGCUACAUACAAUUUAGCUUACUUGCUACUUGUCAUGUUAGACUAUACGUUGCUAUUCAUACAGAUGGUUGAAUACGAUAAUUAUAAGGAUGUAGACAACACUGUUGUGUUGCUAACGUUGUGAUGAUUUGUUCUAUUUGCCUCCUCCAACCACACUUGUAUAUCUGUGCAAUACUGUAAUCAUGUUCUUCUGUAUAUAGUUUCUCUUGUGUGGUUGUCAUGACAACAGUAUGUCAGGAAAUUUACCGUUUAUAUUAGUUUGACCUCCUGGCCAGCAGUGGAGUUGAGGGCUCCAAGGACCCGCUCCACAAACCAUCCUUAGAGCACUAGGACUACCACAGCUCCGUUACUUUUACUUCGGGACAAGUCAUUUCUACAAAAUAAAAACUAUUUAAUGAAUGUUUUUAUUUGAAAAAAUGACACAGCGAAAUUUGAAAUUUGGGGGUUGCCAAAAAUUUAUCCCAAAUAUGUGGCAGGGUGGGGUGGGACAUGAAACUUGCCUGGUUCUAAUUUUUUUUUUAAUUUUUGGAGAAUUUUUAUUAUUAUUUAGGGACUGGACACUUGUUAGGGAAGGAGGGGGAGGGGUAGCAAAUAUGUUACCUGUAUUUCUUUUUGGGAGGUUGGGAAAAUGAUAGUCCUAAGACCAUUUUGACCACCCAUUCCAACCCCGCCACAACACACCAUCACCCCCCUAAAAUAACUGACCUAUCCCUUACCUGUAAUAGUCAUGGCACUUAUAUCAAAUUGUCAAAGGUGUUGUAUAAACACAUCACAGAUACUCCUGCUGUGUGUGAUGUGUAGCAGUUGUUGAAAAAUGUUCUUUCAAAUGAUAUGAAUUUCAAGUAUGUCUCUUACAGUGUCACUGUAUCGACAUUUAUUGGGGUUAUUGUAACUUUUAUCAAUAUAUCAUUGUAAAAUUGACAUAAUAUGAAACUGAUAGAAAGACAAUGUUAAGAAGUUACAUUCUGUAAAAUGUGCUACUCAAAAAGGUCAAUGACCACCCAAUUCUUUCAUAUCAUGGCAUGAUGGAUUAACAAUAGUAAUAUGAAAGAAUUGUGUUGUCCUUAACUCUUUUUUUAGUAGUGUGUAAAAAGAACAUUGAUUAAAACUGUGACAUCAACACAGAGUGACACUGUGCAGUACAUGUAAUUUAAACUGCAAUGCAUCACAAACCUUGCGAUUUGGCCUUCUAUCUGCGAUGUGGUUUAAGUAAGGGAUGCUUCCUCGAUUAGAUUGGAGCUGUGACAUAUCGCCAAACAACACCACAGUCGUACUUCAUGCAAUGUUGUUCAUGCAAUGUAGUUCAUGCGAUGUUGUUCAUACAAUGUAGUUCAUGCGAUGUUGUUCAUACAGUGGGCUCAUGUUCCACCAAGUGUUCUUAGUGCCAAGAAAUCGCAACCCCCAAAGACUUACACCAGAUCUCUUUGUGGAACGGGUCACAAAGAUGUCAAGGGUCACAUCUUGGGUCAUGAUUCUGAAGUUAUUUUGAGGAGCGGUUUUCUUGACAUAUUUCCCUGAAGCUCUCUCCUGACUGCUGGACCUCGGCCAACCAGAACAGGAUUUAGUCCACUUUGUCUGUUAGUGUCAAUUAUGUAUAUAUUCCACCACAGCACAACUUGAUAUGGUACAUGUCCUUCAUAUGGGCUAGAUGGUAUAAAAAGGUUGCCCUGAACAAGGACAUGUAUCAUGCAAUUCUGGUUACAGGUUCAUAUAUUUACAAUGUAUCCAGAUAGAAGAUAUGUACGAGAAUAGGUGUUCGAAUGUAGCCGUGUAUAGGUCCGAUAUGUUGCUGCAAUUAUUUGGAAUGUAAAUGGAAACUUCUCUGUCGGAAUAUGGCAUGGCUGACAGUCAUUUCUUUAAAAGAAGCAAGUGAUAAAACCUUGCAAUCAGAAGCACAAAAAAAUGUGGGUCAUGGCCGUGUGUGUUCAACAUUUCUUUCAGCAUCUAUUACGUCUUGUACAUACAGCAAAACCCCAUUAAUCCAGACCUGUGCCCCAGUCCAUCUGGGAACAUCUGUCUAAAGGGACAUUACUCCAUUUCAUUACUCCAUUAUUCGAUAAUAUUGGAAUUUGUUAAUCCAAAUUAUUUCCCGAGAAUACUGUCCAAAUUAAUGGGGCUUUGUUAUAACGUGCCUCAGUAUAAUGGGCCUGUACAUAUUGUAGAUGCAAGACAGCAACACCUAUUUGUCAUUAGUUGUUUGUUUUAUCUUUGUCAACAAGGGAGUCAAUAGGUGCCAUGGGUAGACAUCAUAUGUCAAAUACCACUUGUCAUUAGUUCACUUUGACCUUGUCAUGUUUAACAUAACAAAGGAAGGACCUCUACUGGAGAUGGGUACCAACCAGUGGAAUCAUUCCAUUAUUUUGAAUCCAAUACUGCCAGGGUGAUUAGUGAAAUAUGUUAUGAAGUUUGUUCAAAAUACAUUACCUAAAAAGUAAGGUAGAUAUUGACCUUGCUACAGGCAUCGUUACAUACAUAACUAAUUAAUGAUAAAUUGUUUAGCUUGUGAUGUGAAAUUUUACAGAUUUGGAGGAGUUUGGGUUAUGAUAUAAGCGUAAUGCUAUUUUUCAGGGCAUUAUCAUUUGCAGAGGUCUUCCAUUAACUGUACGACGAAGGAGGGCAGCUGAAAAGACUGAGGGCUUCUGCAGAUGAUUAUGCCCUGAAAAAUAGCGUUACCCUUAUUAUAGCUGAAUUGGAUCAAAUUUGUUAUUAGAUAAAAAUAAACAACAAUAUCUGUUUUGAAUUAUCUACUGCAAUCAACACACAAUGAAUUUCACUGACCCACUUUUACAAACAUGAAAAUCAUAUAAAUAAUUAUCUUUAAUUUCUUUCAAAAGUUAGUAAGUUUAGACAGCAGUUGUCCCAGAUAUUCCUCAUUGCCUAAAAUUAGGGUUGUCCUCUCGUGGCCAGUGACAUUUAAAACCCUGGGCAGUAGGACAAGUGAACUAGUGGCGGGUGUAACCCUGUAACCCUGCAGUGGAAUCUCCUGUAAGCAGGUUCCCUCAAUAGAUGCUGACAACAUCACUGUGAAGUGUUCCUCAUCACUGUACAUGUGUGAUGUACUUAAGUCAGUCUUGCUCAUGCCGUGGAAGUCUCUUUAAACAUAUUCUGCUCCAAAGAAGUUAAGGAUCACCCAAUUUUUGUAUUAUUUUUUUGUAGUUAAUCUGUCAUGGCAUGUUAAAGACUAGUAAUCACAUGCGAUGACAGAUUAACUACACUAAUAUGAAAGAAUUGGUUGGCCUUAACUUCUUUUGAGUAGCAUAUAUGUCAAUUACUGUAUGAUACAAUUCAGGAUCUCAUGGGUGUUGUCAUGGUAAUUUCGCCAAGGAAGUUGUGUAAAUGUUAUAUUUAUUCAAAAUAUUGUUAGCUCUUGUUUUGCAUUUGUUCCAACGAAACAAAUACAAAGUGCCAUUACAUGCCAAAUUUAUGUUAGACAUGAUGAAAACAUUAAACUGACAUAUCUAUUGAAACUUUUGUUUUGUUGAAGAAUGUCUGUUAGUGUAUGGAGAUGUAAUGACUGGAAGAGAACUGGUUUCUUGUGAUGCCUGCCAUUUCAUGACCUAGAGUACAUUAAGGUUAUUGUUGACAAGACUUAACAUGUGUCACUAGCAGGGUGUACAGAAUAUUAUGAGCUUAAUGGGCGUGUACACCACGAGACCGAAGUUCAGGUCAUAACAUCCCAUACACCCCGCUACUCACACAUGUAACAGACUGAUCAUGUGUCCACCAGUUACAGAAGGUAAUUUUCAGUUCAAUUUUGUUUGUGUGACAAUAUAGAUCAGCCUUGUGACCGCCAGUGGGAUCACCAUGAUAACUUAAAAUGUGAACGAGGUCAGUUAUGGCAUGACAAACAGAUGAUCAUAUUAACACUACAGGUGAUUUGUAAGAUCUUUACAUGACAGCGACUAGCCAAUCAGAGAGCAGGAUUUCAUUUCACUUAAUGAUAAUACUUUAUACACACAACUGUUUAAGUAAAGUCGUGCCAUGUCUGUUCAUAGUUAGACUU